UCCUCCUCCGUCCCGGAGCAAAGCAUCAUCAAAAUCAUCAUCCAUCACUCUCUCUCCCUCUCUCUCUUUCUCUCUCCCCCCGUUGUCUUUUUAAUGUAACUUCUGACUGAUCGGGAGAGCAGGGAGCGUCUGGAAAGCCUGGUCCGGCGACUCCAUCAUUGAUGAAGGAUCUGCUCGCACGGUAUUCUCAUUAAAGCUGGACACACCGGACAGAAAGGAUCAGAUUACAUAUUUUUUCUUGGGAUAACGUUGCUUCCCCUUGUGGAUUGUGGCUCAGUGUUGUCGGUCUUUAUGUUUCCCUCUGUGGAUGUUAUAGUGCAUUAUCUCGGUCUGAAUGAAGCUUUCUUUUUGGAUUUCCCCCGCGCCGAAGCUGUUUCUGGGUGACUGCCCAUUCUUUACUUGCGAAGUCGCGCGUUAUAAUUUUAUUGCCGUUAUCUUAUGAGCUCCGUUCGUAUUUUGAGGCUUAAUUUGUAUUUAAUUUUGGCAAACAAUGCCGCGGUCUCCUUGAACGUGUUUUUAGUAGUUAAUGCCGAGAAACAAAGUGCGUUAAUUAUUGCGUAAAAAAGGAAAGUUGGGCGCGCAAAGUUUUGGUGACAGUCGAUAUGGCUAUGGUUGCAUGGAGAAACACUGAGGGCGUCGGGGAUAGUCAGGGAACCCUCUCCUCCCCGGUGUCCCAAGUCGCACCUCUGUCCCUGUCCGGGGAGCUGACGGGACACAUGAACCCGGUGUCCUCUCUGGAAAUACCCCCGGCGGCGGCGGCACCACCCCAGGGCGCACCGCAGCCCAAUCCGUCCAGCACCUCUACCGCGAACACCACCAAUAACAACACCUCCUCUUCCUCCUCCUCCUCCUCGUCCAUGGACAAACAGCAGAGCCAACAGAUCGAGUGCAUCGUGUGCGGGGAUAAAUCUAGCGGGAAGCACUACGGACAGUUCACAUGUGAGGGAUGUAAGAGCUUCUUUAAACGCAGCGUCAGGAGGAACCUGACCUACACCUGCAGGGCCAACAGGAACUGUCCCGUAGACCAGCACCACCGCAACCAGUGCCAGUACUGUCGCCUCAAGAAAUGCCUCAAAGUCGGCAUGAGGAGGGAAGCUGUUCAAAGAGGCAGGAUUCCUACCCAGUCUUAUCACGGCCAGUUUGCUCUGACAAACGGAGACCCUCUACAGUGUCAUUCCUAUCUGUCGGGAUACAUCUCUCUCCUGCUGCGGGCCGAGCCCUACCCGACCUCCAGGUUCGGCUCUCAGUGCCUGCAGAACAACAACAUCAUGGGCAUAGAGAACAUCUGCGAGCUGGCGGCUCGGAUGCUCUUCAGCGCCGUGGAGUGGGCCCGCAACAUCCCUUUCUUCCCGGACCUUCAGGUACCGGACCAGGUGGCUCUGCUUCGCCUCACCUGGAGCGAACUGUUCGUCCUGAACGCCGCCCAGUGCUCCAUGCCCGUCCACGUCGCCCCGCUGCUGGCCGCCGCUGGCCUCCACGCCUCCCCGAUGAGUGCGGACCGGGUAGUGGCCUUCAUGGACCACAUCCGGGUCUUCCAGGAGCAGGUGGAGAAGCUCAAGGUGCUGCACGUGGACUCAGCAGAGUACAGCUGCAUCAAGGCCAUUGUGCUCUUCACCACAGAUGCUUGUGGUCUGUCAGAUGUGGCCCAUGUGGAGGGUCUGCAGGAGAAAUCCCAGUGUGCGUUAGAGGAGUAUGUGAGGAGCCAGUAUCCCAACCAGCCUAACAGGUUUGGAAAGCUGCUGCUCCGCUUGCCUUCCCUCCGCACUGUCUCGUCUUCUGUCAUCGAGCAGCUUUUCUUCGUCCGUCUGGUGGGGAAAACCCCCAUAGAAACUCUGAUAAGGGACAUGCUGCUGUCCGGGAGCAGCUUCAACUGGCCUUACAUGCCUAUUCAAUAGAGGAGAAAGAUGCAGUGGUGCUGCUAAGGUCAGGAAAGAUCUCACACCUCAAAUCUAGUCAUUUCAGCUGCUGCAGAUUAAAAUCUCUGUUGCUUCGAGCAAGGAUAAAAAACUGCCAGUGGAAUGAGAUAAUUACAGAAAUUUUCAAGGUAAAAAAAUUGAUUUAGUCUCAGCGUUUUCUUGAUACCAGAGGAGCGAUCUGCCUUAUUCUGUAUUGUGUUCCUACGUUUUUAGAAAGGUCCCUGAAAUAAACGGGCAGCGUGGAAACGAUCAGAUACCACUGGCAGAAUUUUUUACUUGUUCAAAGAGAAAUUAAAUGACUGGUUAUGAUGGACAUUUUUUACAGUGUGGUGACCAGUCACAGUGUAUGGUUUUGGGAUAACAAACAAUAUUUAUUGGACCCUGUGUGUAUAUUUAUCGUGCUUGUAAAUUAUGUUUUGGCUCCUUUUUUUUUUUUUUUUUUUUUUUUUUUUUUUUUAAUGUUUUAUGUAUUUUUUCCCCGGCUAGUGAGAAAACUGCAGGGAUUGUCUUGUGUCGUCUCUUUUUGUUUUUUUUCUUUUGGUUGUUUGUUUCAUACCUUCCAGACAUGGCACUUUGGACUAAAGGAACAUUUCAGAAAGAUUUAACACAAAUGUUUGAAUCCCAGCAACUUCUGACUUUAACCUACUUGCUCAAUUGUGUAUGGACAGAAAGGUGAGAUUAACGCUCUGUUACUUUGGGUUCUUAUUCUAUUUGCAUUAUCGACACUGAAAGAAUGCGAAGAAAAAGAGCAAAAUGAAUUUGGAAACUGCACUUCUCAUGAUCAGUGUUAGGCUGCGCCAAGUAAUGCAUUACUUGUUAAUCAUAGGUAGUAUCAUUACUUUUUUUUACAUUAAUAUUUCUUUAAAUGUUUUAGUUCAUACUUCCUGGCAAGUAUAAGUAUUACCUCUUGCCACAAUGUUCAAUUUCUACUUUUUUUUUUUUUAACCCUCUAGAAACAAUAUUUUAAAAGAUUUUUUUUCUCCUUUGGACCAUGUUUCUUAUCAAAUUAGUGAAUCUUGCCACUUAGAGAAAUUCUACUUUUCUUGUUGUCUCUCAUCCAAACUGAGAUUUGAUAAGGAGGCAAAAAUGGAUAAGGGACAGGAGGCUGAAUGUUUGAUAGCUGAUAUUUUUUUUAUAUUUAGAGGCGUUAAACAGAAAAUGUAUUCUUUUCAAUGGAAACUUGUUACAGUGCAAAGUAAUGACAUUACUCUACUGGAUUAAUGACUGAUGCAUUACCACACACUUCAUUCAUUUAUGUUUCCAGGUCUUUUACACUGACUGUCUGACAGAGAUUUUAUGAGCACUGGGCCUGAUGUACAACUACAGUUUCUUACUGGGAUAAAUUAACUUUACACAACUUCCCAGGUCAAGUAACAAACUUAUUUCAUUAUAAUUCAUGCAUUUAUGAGCCCAGGCCGCUUAAUGGCACAAUAGACCACUGCAGGGUAUUGCUGAAAUGAAAGUGUGUGUAUAUGCGUGUGUGUGUGUGUGUCUGUGAGUGUGUGUAUAUGAGUGUGUACUUGUGUUUACUUCUUUUUUGACAACCACUCUGAUGUACUGUGAAAGCAUAUUGGUUAACAUAUUGGUACCGUAUUAAAUUAUAACUCAAGAUUUAUAAAUAAAGCGUAUUUGGUUUA